AUGAAACUGUUACAGGACAUGGAGGAUGCACCAAACCAAAGAAAGUUCAUAAAAUCUCAGGUGGAGAAACGUAGAAGGGAAAGGAUGAACCGCAGCCUGGAGUGUCUGAGGACCAUGUUGCUGCAGGAACCACAACAACUGGGUGGGACUCAGCACAGAGUGGAGAAAGCUGAGAUACUCGAGCACACAGUCCUCUUCCUCCAGAACACUGUCAAAGGAGACAACACAAGAGCUGGAGGUGGUGGAGGUGGAGGUGGAGGCCAGAAACACUCCUUCCAAGACGGCAUCUCCACCUGCCUGCAGAGAGCUGCUCAUUUCCUGGGACCCGAGGGUAAAGGCCUGUGGCUAGGAGCAGCGCUGGAUGCAUCUUUUGCUGCUCGCUUCUCCCGUUCAGACUCUGACUCUGCAGGCGUCCAAAGGAGAACCGAAGCUCAGUCCUCCUCCAGCUCUCUGCCGCACACAAAGUCCCUUCUUCGGAUGCUGAGGCAAAAGUCCAAGCACAGACUGCAUUCACAAGCCUUCAGCGUGAACAGUUUUGCUCAUCCGUACCCACUUCCAGUCCAGCAUGGGUUUCCCAGAAUACCCCAACAGCCUCAGAGACAAAAUGAGCUUGAGAUCAGGGUGGAGGGACAAGCAGGCAAACAGAGCCCGUCCCAGAGCCACCCAGUUAGCCAGACAGUGUGGAGGCCCUGGCCUUGAUCAUCAGACAGUCAACUCUGAAAGUGAAUUUGUAAUGACUCUAACAACUGAUUCAUAUUCACCAGUGCCAACUGUACUGUUCCUGAAAGAACAUGGACUUGCAAGCAAUGGCCUCCAGUCUUCUGAUGACGCAUGAAAGUGUUUGCUAUUCACCUCAAAGCCUGUAAAUAAUGUAAAAAUGUCAUUUGUACAUGUGCUGUGUGUGUGAUAGGGUUGACUCACUACUAUUGUUUAAUGGUUUCGAAUGAGCGCAGUCAGUUGGGCAGCCAUCAAUUCUGCUGACAGGCACAGGGACUCACCCAGACUGGGACAGACGUGAGCUGGAUCAUGUGGUUGAGGCUGAGCCGUCCGGCUGGAACUGCUGCUGUGCUCAAGAGCAAGUUUA